CCCAAUAUGGAUUCUCAGACUCCUGGAAAAAGAUUCAUCGCUUUUGUGAAGGUCGUAGCAUUGAUGGGUAAACGACCACUAGAUGACUCAGAAGAUCAGCUGCCUAAAGGGAACCUAGUACUGAAGGUCAUUCUGAAUGAUAACAAAGUGCAUCAAGCGGAACUCAAGGGAAUCAAAUACCAAGAUCCUAAAUACGAAAAAGAGUUGAACACCGAAAGUGAUUUUAAUCCGCCACUCAUCUGCACUGGUAAAGAAAUAAGAAAAGUUAAUCUCACGUCUCCACGAAACAAUGGAUGGUACGUUGCGUCCAUCGACACCUUCACCGCGGGAUCGAACAAAGUCUACACUAAGCUGACCACUGAUCCAGGCUUCAGUAUGUGGGUGGACGGCAAUGAAGAACAUCAUUACCCAUACCAAGCCAAAGAGCACCUCCUCACCAAUGCUGUCGCAGGAUCCUGUAUCACCUACGUACGUGUGGAGGCAAUGACAACGGGAGACAUGGAAAUGGAGAGAAAGAGCUACUUCCUUGACUUCAUUUUAUCACAAGACCAAAAAAUUCGGGCAGAACUUGCAGGAUAUGAGCUACAAAGUCAAUCCUCUGUGCUAGAGCUGAACUUCGCCAGUCGUUUUCGCCCCAAAAAGUGCGUUUCGAUGUCCCACAUCGAGGAAGUUCGCCUACAAGCUCCUAAUCAAGGAGAUGCAAAUUGGUACAUAUCAUCCAUUCGCACUUCUGCUAAGACUGGCGAAGACCAGUAUGUGGAUUUAACAAGUGACCUACAGCUCAACAAGCGGUUUGGAAGGUACAAUACAAGAGAUAUUAAACUAAAUUGGCUCUAUAAUGAAACUCUCAACUGCGAAUACGGAAAUCCAACGUGUAAAUGCAGGAAAUGGAAAAAGGUAUGUAUUUUCAACCUUGAAAUUGACGAAAUUCGAACCUUCACCAGCUAUCAAAAGUUAUCGGAUGAUGAACCUACAGGAAUAGCUUUGCGAGGAGCCCAGGGCGUGAGCUAUUAUUUCGAUCGACACGGGAUACCUUUGCCACUACAAUCUAAUAGAACAUGUUCAACUUUGGACAGAGCCAAAUGCACUUAUCCCCAAUUUGUUGAUGGUAAAACGUACCGUUUGGCAAUAGCCGUAAAUGGACAAAUUCCUGGACCUACCUUAAUAGUUCAUGAAGGUCAAAGGGUCAUUAUUCAUGUUCACAACAAUCUCACAACUGAGGGUAUUUCAAUUCACUGGCACGGGAUGCAUCAGAAAGGAACACCUUGGAUGGAUGGUGUAGGGCAAGUGACUCAAUGUCAGAUAGGACCCUCAUCGACCUUUACAUACAAUUACACCGCUCGGCCUUCAGGAACGUUUUGGUACCACUCUCACAGUGGUGCUCAAAGAACAGAUGGCUUCUAUGGUGCACUGAUAGUCAAAGAAACUGAAACAAGGUUGAAACAAAUCCAAUCUAAACUAAACAUUACUUUUUAAGACAAACCAGAUCAACACACCUUAACGCUUCUAGACUGGCAACUUGAGGCAUCCUUGGACCUGUUCACACAGACCAAUGCAGACUUGGGCUUAUAUGAAAAGAAGCCGCUUGGUGAAGUACCCACUCCAGAUGAUCCAAAGUAUAACGGUACACGUAGUUUUGACAAUGGAGGGGCUGGGCCUAUGCCGUACUUUUCUGGAAUCAUAAAUGGCAAAGGCAGACAUGAUGACGUUAAAUACAAUAAAACAAGACUUAGUAUAUUCACUGUUAGGUCCGGAGAGACAUAUCGCUUUCGGCUCAUUGGAGCCCAAGGGCUUUAUUCUUACACCUUCUCCAUUGAUGGCCAUAAACUGACUGUGGUCAACACUGACGGCUACUGGACUAAACCCGUAAAAGAUGUUGAUUACAUCAUGAUCCAUCCAGGAGAGAGAUAUGACUUUUUACUCAGUGCAAAUGACGAACUAAAUCUUACAGACUACUGGAUGCGUGCAGAGACUAUGGAAAUUAAUCAAACUAGGAGUGGGCCACCUUACCAGUCAUUAGGACAUGUGGCAGAAGCUAUUUUGCACUACGAACAGGAUGACGACGGUUGGGAUCCGGAUGAUAAUGUACCUUCGAGUGAAUAUGAAAAAAUCAAAAAGGAAUCUCCUCGCAGAAAGUGCAUCAAAAAGAAAAAAUGCAGAGCGGUGAACUGCCCUUUUAAGAACUUUCAUGAUUCAUAUAACAUUAGUUGUACUAAUGUACACGACCUGCGUUUACUCGAACCCACUCCACCUGAGGAGCUUCGAGAUGCAAACCCCACCAAAGGAUGCACAAAUUGCAGACAUUUCGUCAACUUUCAUUUUGAAGGUCAAUCUGAUACUAGUUCAGUGAAUGGGCGCAAUUUUAUUCUUCCCUCCUUUCCACCUCAGACCCAGUAUGACAAUUUUACAACAUAUGACACGAUAUGCGACCUUAGGGCUGACUGCAAUCCAUCAACACUCGAGUGCUCAUGUGUCCAUGUGAUCGACAUCCCCUAUAACAAAACUGUUCAAAUGGUAUUCUCAUCAAUUGGAGCUACCCCCAGUGCUCAUCCAAUUCACCUCCACGGCCAUACAUUUCAUGUUGUUGCCGUUGGAUAUCCAGAAUAUAACGGCACCACUGGUUUUGUUCAAAAACCCAACAGUGAUAUAUACUGCGAUGAUAUCAAAUGUACUAAAGAAGGGUGUGUGAAAAGCGCUUGUACCAGACCAAGGUGGAAGACAGACCCAAUGUGUUUUCCCAUCGAUCCCCACACGAUCAGAAAGGACACAGUUAUGGUCCCCGCCGGGGGCUACGUUGUCAUCAAUUUCCUUUCUGAUAAUCCGGGCCAGUGGUUUCUUCACUGCCACAAAGAGUUGCACCAACUUGAGGGAAUGGCACUGAUUGUCAAUGAGGCUUUGGGGGAGCAACGGAAAUUGCACCCACCCGAUGGCAUGAACAAGUGUGGAGACUUUAUACUACCUUAAAAAGGUCUUGAUAUUCUCAGAAGCUCUAAGUCUCAACAAAACUACUACUUGAAAACAAUUCUGCAACGAUGCGUGUGCUAAGAUCCAGAAUUAAGUAUUUGAGCUCGCUUUUCAGUUACUUGACCUUUUUGACGCGUUCUGAGGAUUUUAUAUUAGAGUGAGUCAAAUCAAAUACUCGGUAAGAAGAGGAUAGUUGUUUUGUUUUUCUUUUUUACCAUAUGCCCCAUUCGGCGCCACUUGUGCAAUCUCAAAGCAGUCGUAUUUAGCUCCGACGAAGGGCUAACACUCGAAACGUCAGCUUUUGUAGUCGUUACGGUGGCCAAUUUACCAUUUAAACUUUGUUGAUAUAUCCAAAGUAUUUAGGGCCGGACGGAUUGACGUGGGUCGGUUUGGUAGAAGCCGUCCAGCUCGAGUGUAUUCGUACGGCCACAUUGUUCGCAGUUGUUGCAAAAAAACGACUGAAAGCAAUGAACAAAAAAAGAGAAAAUAAGUCAUCUUUUUCAACGAGUUGUGAGUCUCUUGUUGUGACUCGAAAAAAUAAUGAAAAGGUUUUUACCGCAGGAUUUUUUUUUUUUACUUUUCCCGUGCAUACCCGUCUAUCGCGUUCUAUUUUAAGUUAAAACAAACUUUUCAAAUUUUGUUCAUAACGCACGAUCCUCGCUACACUAGGUCCGUACGUCAUUAAUUAGAGUCUUCCCUCUCAGUCAGUAAGUUCAUGGCAUCUUUACGCUUUGCUAAAUUGCUUCAUCGCCUUUUUAAUCACCAACUCGGUUAUUCGGUGCAUUUUUUAGAUUCAAAACUAAGCAUCUUAGGCAAGUGUCAAACUAGUGUGGGACAGACUAGACUAGUGUGCGACGUUAUUCUUCAGAAGUUUUUUUUGUAUAUAUGAACCUAGCUGAGUUAUUUUAUCAUAUCUUAUGAGUAUUUAAUCACUUACCUGAUUUCUUGUGGAUCGUAAAAGAUCCAAAGUUAAGUACCUUGAACUAGAGUGAGGGAACUGAUUUGAGUAACCAGUAACCCAUAAGUAGAUUUUGUUCGCAACUGUAAGCUUUCCUUUGGUGUUUCAUCCUCUCUUUGGAAUGACAAUUACUAUUACAGCAGGUUCGUAAGCUGUUAUGCUUUUGUUAAACAACACCGUCUGGAUGAAAGAAAAUUUCAGUUAGAAACGAUAGACUCGGAGACACUCUGACGCUUAAUCGGUUAACAAGUUUUUAUAUCAAUCUCUUUCAGUUCUUAACGAUAGUUUACCUUUUUAGAGAGUCAUAUGCAAGGUGUGACGAACUAGGGAAAUAAUGUAAUAAAUUUGUUUGAUUGAUUAA